UUCCGCUAUGCCAAUAAGAAGGAUACCACCAUCCUCAUCUUAAGUUUUCUUGCUGCUGUUGGUAACGGUCUUCUGUCUCCAAUCAACGUGACUGUACUCUUCAAACCUCUUCUUGCUAUAUUCAUUGAAGUUGAGACUCCUGGAAAUCCACAUCAUAUCAACAUAACUGCAGAGGCUGCCCGGUUCACAGAUUUCGGAUAUAAAUAUUUCAUUUUUGGUGCUUUGAAUUUCAUCUUUGGAUUCAUUCAGAUCAUGGCAUCAGAAAUAGCUGCCCGUAAUAUAAUGGCUAAAAUAAAGACCGCCUACUUGGCCAAGAUGCUCUCAAUUGAGAUAGGCUGGUAUGAUAAGUCUCAAGAGCAGUUUGUCAGUACUGUGUCACAUGACUUACAGAAGAUGAUGGUCUUAUUUGACAGCAAGAUGACUUCAGCUGCGGAAAUGUUGUCAUUUUUAUUUUUUGGUUGCCUAGCUGGUCUGAUUGCCUCCUGGAAGGUGGCGCUUUUGACCCUCGCAAUCAUGUCGAUCGCUAUGGUUGUUAUGUAUUAUAUAAUGAAAGCAUCGAAAAAUAAAGGAAAAUUGCGGCAACAGUAUAGUGGAAAAUGUACAAAAAUUGCUUCUGAAGUACUUGGAAAUGCCCGUACAGUUGCUGCUUAUGGUGGGGAAUACAAAGAAAUUGAAAGGUACAGGAAUACAUUCAAGAUGUCUAAUAAAUAUGGGUUGAAGCACGCCACAGUGAUCUCUAUGGCAAAAGCCUUCAACUAUUUCCAAUUAUGCAUCUGCUACAUGGUUGCUUAUUACGUCUCCGUGCAGCUGUUCCUCAAUGACGAGUUCAAUCCUGGCGACAUUGCUAUUAUCUUAAUUGCUCAAAUUAAUGCUGUAUACCAUUCCACAAUCAUGUUGAGUACUGUUUCUGAUCUCUUCAUGGCGACAGAUUCGGCGUUCAGAGUAAUGCAGUUCUUAGAUACAGAGACCAGCUAUAACGAAUCUCUUGAACAAGGUGUUGUACCAGAUACAUUUGAAGCCAAUAUCUCUUUCAGAAACGUUCAGUUCUCUUAUCCUACAAACUUACAUACAAAGGUACUCCAUGAUCUGACAUUGGACAUUGAGCCCGGAAAAAUCACAGCAGUCGUAGGAACUAGUGGUGCAGGAAAAAGUACUAUUGUAGGUCUUACUUCGCGUCUUUAUGACGUUACUGCUGGACAGAUUCUUGUUGGAGGAGUGGAUAUUAGAAAACUCAACGUCAGCUGGCUGAGAAAUCAAAUCGGCGUCGUGGGACAGGAACCUAUGCUCUUCGAUACUUCGAUUGAAGAGAAUAUUAGAUAUGGUAAAACUACUGCAACAUUGGAGGAGAUCGUCGAAGCAGCAAAAAUUUCUCAUGCUCAUAGUUUCAUUGAAAAGUUACCUGCCGGCUAUGGUUCUAUUGUUGGUGAAAGAGGAACGAAGCUAUCGGGAGGUCAAAAGCAGAGAAUUGCAAUUGCAAGGGCGAUCGUUAGAAAACCAAAACUACUCCUUCUCGAUGAAGCUACUUCUGCACUAGACUCUCGUUCAGAAGUUAUAGUUCAAGAAGCCCUUGAUAAUGCCAUGCAUAACAGAACAACAGUAAUCAUUGCCCACAGAAUGUCCACCGUGAGAAAGGCAGAUGUUAUUUAUGCUAUGAAGGAAGGUCGUGUCUUGGAGAAAGGAUCCCACCAUGAGUUGAUGGAGUUGAAAGGAUAUUAUUACUCACUGGUCAAGGUUCAAGAACUUGAAGAAAAGGACAAAGCUGUUACCCUCAAUCAAGGAACUGCUCAUAAAGAGGAAGUAAUAGAAGAGGACAUUCCAUUCGAAGAUGACAAUGACUUAGAUGUGCCUGAGAAUGAUAAAAAACUAAGGCUGAGUAAAAAAAACCUGAAAGUGAUGGGCGUUUGGUUGUUAGCCAUUUUGUUUGCUUCGACUACAUCAGCAUUUCUUCCCAUUUUCUAUUCAGUAUUUAGUCUGUUUUGCCAGUCUUACACACAUAAAGAUGAAAUAAGUCAAUUAGCUCUGAUUGACGUUGGUAUCCUUUUUGGACUAGGUGUAGUUACAUUUUUCUCAGUAAUUUUGUCUGGGAUGAUGUCAACAAUAGCAACUCAAUUAUGGUUGAAGAAAUUACAGAAAAAAGCUUUUGAUAAAAUAGUUUCUAUGGACAUCAGUUGGUUUGACAGGAGUGGAAACUCGCCUAAUGAAUGCCUCGAAGUUUUGACCAACAGCCCUCCUCUCAUUGAAUCGGUGACAGGUGAUCGAGCAGCGCAAGUCGUAAUAUUUAUGCUAUCAUUGGUAUUCUGCCUUGCCUAUUCAUUAUUCAUUAGUACAAGCGUAACACUUGCAAAUUUACCGAUUGUUCUUAUAUUCAUAAUCAUCAACUGCUUAAGGAUGAAGUCGAGAGUCGCUGACACCAGAUCAGCUUCCCUAGCAACGCGGUCAACCAAGGUUGCAACUGAAUACGUCCAGAAUGUCAAAACUAUCCAAUUACUAAAUUGUCAAAAGUAUGUCAUCGACCAUUAUCAGGAUAUGCUUGUACUUUCAAAGAAGGAAGCGUUUGUAAGCAUUGUCUGGUACGCGGUUGUUUAUGGUCUGUCUAAAUCUCUGAUCCGAUUGUCGAUGGGUACUACAUUUAUCUUUGGAGCCAAUGAUAUUGCUAGUGGUAACGUAAGAGGAACAUCUCUUAUUGGUAUUGUGGCAGCAUUGAGUACGGCAUCCAUGUUGGCAGGACCUGCCUUGAUCCUAAUGAGCCAGUAUCCCUCAGCCAGGCAAGCCAUAUCACGCCUCUACAGAAUCGCUUAUACUAAAACAUCUCUUAAGAUAUUGACAGAUGAAGGAAUGAAACCGGAUAUCGUUGGGAAUAUUGUUUUUCAAGAUGUGAUGUUCUCUUAUCCGACAAGGGACAAAGUACAAGUUCUCAAAAAGCUCAAUCUUAAGAUCGAAGCAGGAAAGACUGUGGCUCUUGUGGGAGACUCGGGAUGUGGUAAAUCGACAAUCAUCUCACUUCUAGAGAGAUUCUAUCUUCCUACUGGAGGAAAAAUAAUAAUUGAUGGAAAUGAAAUUAAUGAUAUUAAUGUAAGAUAUCUGAGAAGCCAAAUGGGGCUCGUAUCGCAAGAACCUGUCUUAUUCGAUAUGACGAUUAAAGAAAAUAUCCUUUAUGGCUUAGUAGGAGAGGUUACAAUGGAUAAGAUCAUUGAAGCUGCUAAAAUAGCAAAUAUUCAUGACUUUAUCAUGAAGCUUCCACAGGCUUAUGACACCCCAGUUGGUGAAAGGGGUUCAAAGUUAUCAGGUGGACAAAAGCAGAGAAUCGCCAUUGCCAGAGCUGUCCUUAGGAAUCCUAAGAUAUUACUACUGGAUGAGGCUACGUCUGCUCUGGACACAGAGAGCGAGAAGGCUGUACAGGAAGCAUUGGAGAACGCUUCUGUCGGUAAGACAACUAUCGUGAUAGCACAUCGACUUUCGACGAUCCGUGAGGCAGACAAGAUAGUUGUCCUACAGUCUGGUGUUGUCAUAGAGGAAGGGAAUCAUGAACAGCUGAUGGAGAAGAGAGGCCACUAUUUCAACCUGCUUAGCAGAUAGUUGUAUUAUAUAUAAUGUAUAUAAUUCAAUUACAUAAGAUGUAAAUAUUGUAUUUUUAAUAUGAUAUUAUUUAUAGUAUUCAUUUUUAGUAUUAUAUAAAUGUCCAAUUUUCCUCUUUUUUUUUUAAUUUUCAUUAUCACUAUUUAUUUAUUUUUUAAAAUGUAAAUUUUGUAAAUAAUUAAAUUGUUGUAAUUGAUUUUUGUUUAUAAAUUUAUAAAAAAUACAUGUUUCUUUAAUUAUUUUAACAAAAAGUUA